AUAUACCGAAUAAUAUAACAACGAUACUUGCUAAAUUGCAACAACGUGGAAAAACUGUAUCACGUUUACACACCAUUAGAUAAUCAAUUACGAUGAGCAUGAACUUUUUCAUUAAAGCUACAUUGUGAAGUGAAAUAGACUAUGAUCGAUACCCUUCUCUCGUUUGAGAUCGCUGCACGGUAUCGCAAAACGGUGAUACAGUUCUAACGUGACCAUGAACCUUGAUUACUUGUAGAUUUAUACCGAACAUUUUGUCAUUUUAAGGUUUUAAAAGUCCUUUCUCUUCUAUGAAAACAUUGAAAACGUCGCGACUGCUUAAUAUUGUCAUCACUUAUCUUAUAUUUCUUGAAUUGUGUUUUCUAUUGGUCGAUUCCGAUAUAGCCGAAUACUUGUUCGAGGCGACUAUACGAACAGUUUUUGUUGAAAAUAUUUUGUUACAUAGUCCACAAAAGUGUCGACGCAUCAGUGUUCGAUAAUUAUUUCAAACAAGUACGAGGCGUAAAAAUCUAUAUAAGAAUGUGUAACGAAUACGCGAGGCAUCAAUGUGAAUGAACGCGCGCGCGUGUGUACAGGCACACGCUGACUGUUGGAAUAAUUGUCCACUCCUCUAUCAUUUCAGGUACAUAAGGUCUGAUUGGUGCAAUGGGUUGGUCACUAUUCUGACCAUUAGUGAUGUGUAGAUGUAAUAGAUUUAAAGUGCAUGUACGAUGAACCACAUGCAUACACAGAUCGGAUAUCGCUCUGUUUAGCACGUAUUGUUGAAAGUAAGAAGGUCAAAGUCGAUUGACCUUACAGAUAGAGAAUAAUAUAAUUUUUACUUUUUGACUUUAGUCGGUUACUGUCACCAUUCGUCAACGAAAUUUUCGUAUUCUUUGAUCCAAAGACAAGUUUGGAAAUGAAUAUUGAUAAGAAAUUACAAAUAGAAAAGUGCAAUCGUUGUUGCGUGUAAUGUUAGGUAAAUCACUCUUCGUUGACUCAAGUACUUUAUUGAAACACUCGGAAUUGUUCGUCUCGGUUAUGAAAGUUGAUGGAACCACUGGUUUACUUUAUAUAUGUAUAUAUAUAUGUAUAUACACAUACAAUAGUGUACGCACACGUCUGUGGUAUAUGUUUAUCCAUUGAAUAAAUGUUAAUAUUUGUAUGAACGUGGCUGCUGUUUAUAAAUAUUUCUACAAGUUUGAAACAAGGGAAAACGGCAGAUGCAAUCGGCAAGCAAUGAAUUUCACGGAUAAGACGGUAUUUAUGUGAAAAACGGAUAAUGGACAAGAGGUACCUUUCUAUUGUCAUUCUUCUCGUUGCAAUGCUACAAAUUAGAUGAGCUAUAGGAUGCAACAAGGCAAACUUAUAGAGGUUUCAUUUGGAGCGACCAGAUUGUUUUCACAGUUGAUUGAUAAAAACGAUCGUGGCGUUACUUUCAAAAUGUUUGGUUCCAAGAUGCAAUCGUCGAAUAGUACCUUUUACACCGAACUGGACUCCGAUGUGGAAGACGAUGAAUCGUGUUUGAACAGAGCAACGAAAUGUUCAGAAACCUUUGGUGGUUAUUCACGAUUUCGCUCAUUUUUAAUGACCGCUGAGAGUCCAACGGACGGUAUCGGUAUCAAGGAAAACGAGGACGACUCUAUAAAUGUGCCAUUUCGAUUAGCACACGGUGUGUUGGAAUAUAGAAACAGCAGAUAUUUAACGGUAGAACGAAAUUCGCGUCGGUAUACGGUAGAUUCGUAUACAGUAAGUGAAUCCGAGAGCGAAGAGGAAUCUGAGGGUACUAAAUCCUCCGAAACGGUUUCCGCGAUAAGUGCUGAUUGUACCGACGAUACAGCAUUGGAGACAAAAUCAGGUGGUAAUGCGUGCUGUGUGAAUUCGAGGAGAAAGAAAGCGCGUCAAAUUGCUGAAGAAUUAUUGGCUACAGAAAAGAAUUAUGUUAAUGUUUUAAGACUAAUCGACCAAGUAUUUCAGUUUAGGGUCGAUCAAGAAAACAGAGCACAUCCUAUGUUUCCUAUGGAAACAGUUCAACACAUGUUCUCUAAUAUUAAGUCGAUUUACAAGUUCCACAAUGAUUUCCUGUUACCCCAGCUUCAGGAGAGAAUACAAAAUUGGGAAUCGGAUCCCAGAAUUGGAGAUAUUAUGAAGAAUUUUGCUCCGUUCCUAAAGAUGUAUACGGAAUAUGUAAAAAAUUUUGAUUAUGCCAUGAACUUAAUACACACUCUGCAAAUUAAAGUCGCCAGAUUUGCCGCGAUUAUCAACGAGAUUCAAAAAUUGGACGAGUGUGCCAAAUUAUCGUUGCCACAUCAUAUGUUGAGCCCUAUACAAAGAUUACCAAGAUACGAGCUUCUCCUGAAAGAUUACCUGAGAAACCUCACAGAAGAAAAUGCUGAUUACGAGGACGCUAAAAACAUGGCUUUCUUUCUCGCAGAGGCUUUGGGAUUAGUAUCUACCGCUGCUAAUCAUACAAACGAUGCAAUGAAGAAGAUUGAUAAGUUCAAAAAGCUUCUAGAAAUACAAGAGAGCAUAUACGAUACAACAGAUCUAGUUAGCGCGACACGGGAACUUGUAAAAGAGGGUCGCAUCGUUAAAAUUUCAGCAAGAAGCGGUGAUCAUCAGGAAAGACAUUUGUUUCUGUUUAGUGAUUUAUUAUUACUUUGCUCGAUACGGCUAAUUCCCGGGCCAUUGUAUCGGUUGAGAGCGAAAUUCAUGGUCGAGAAUUUACAAGUAAUCGAAGGCGACAAUUUAGAAACGGCGAACACCUUUUACAUCAGGGACGAAGAGAAAAGUGUCGAACUGUACACGCACGCGGCUGAAGAGAAGGCUUCGUGGCUGGAGGCGCUUUUCAAUACGAUGCAAGAAAUUAUGAGAAGAAAGGCGAGCUUGAAGACCGGAAAUGUCAAGACGCUUGUUAUAAAGACCGAGGAUGUUACCAAAUGCAUGAUAUGUGACGUAUUCUUUUCUGUAAUGAAGAGAAAACAUAAUUGCAGAGCAUGCGGAAUAGUAGUUUGCGGUAAAUGUUCGAAUCAAAAAUUAUUGUUCGAGGAUAAUAAACAUAUGAGGGUUUGUCGGUUGUGCCAUGCCACGUUAACGCAACAACCGCUUUCCAAAUCACCUUCUUCGUCAUCGCCGUCCGGGCCUGUAGCGAGUCUAUUGCAGGUUUCGGCGAAUGCGCCGUCGGUUAUAUCGGGAUACCUUUUACUAAAAACUCAACCGAGCAAACCUUGGAUCAGACGAUGGUUCGCUUUGCACAUCGACUUUGUUUUGUACACCUUCAAAUCUGAAACUGAAACUAUGGCUCUGACAGCGACUCCGAUGCCCGGUUUUAUCGUGACCGAAGCCACCGAAUUAUCCGACGAAGAUCCGUUGAGUUUUAAAGAUAGACCUAAAGCUCUUAAGAUGCAUCAUUCCAGGAAGAGUUAUUAUUUACAAGCAUCGUCGCAAGAAGACAAGCAGAAAUGGUUUCAUGCCCUUCAAUUGGCUACUAAAGCAGAAUUACCCUCGUUUACAAUGACAGACAAAGAGGAAGCACAGAAUGGCCAGUUGAUCGUUGAUGCAUGAUAAAUUAUUUGCACGAGUCCACGCACGAGUCAUAAAUGAAGUUUUCUGUUAUCAUAAGCGUAUCAAAUAUCAGCGCGGUAAGAUAAUCGUUGGAAAGGAUAAUUAUUCAAAAUCGACAUUGUGUUAUAUAAUAUAUAGUCAUACAUGUAUGCAAAUUGUUAUUGGUGUAGUCCGAUCGACUCAAUGAUGAUUACACUGCCAAAAUGCUUGUUGUAUUUUGUACUAUUUUGUUAUAUUUAAAAAUAUAUAUGUGUAUAUAUA